GCGGUGGGCGGAGUCUGCCGGCCAUCUUUAAUUUACUGGACAGAAGGGGGAUUGACGAUCUGAAAACAUUACCAAAUUUGAAAUAAGGAAUUGGCGGAUAUUUUGGUCGUGGCUGUCACAUAGAGAUACUGACGAAUAUUACACACUUUUGAAAAAGUGACAGAAGGUAUGAAGACAGUAUCAUAGCGAAGCCAUGGCUGAUAAGAGAAAACUACAAGGUGAAAUAGAUCGAUGUUUGAAAAAAGUUGCUGAAGGCGUCGAACAGUUUGAAGACAUUUGGAAAAAGCUUCACAAUGCAGCCAAUGCCAACCAGAAGGAAAAAUAUGAGGCUGAUCUCAAGAAAGAGAUUAAAAAGCUCCAGCGGCUACGAGACCAGAUUAAGACAUGGGUGGCAUCCAAUGAGAUCAAAGACAAACGGCAGCUAGUGGAGAACCGGAAGCUUAUUGAAACGCAAAUGGAGCGAUUUAAGGUGGUUGAAAGAGAAACCAAGACAAAGGCCUACUCUAAAGAGGGGCUGGGCUUGGCUCAGAAAGUAGACCCAGCGCAGAAAGAGAAGGAGGAAAUGGAACAGUGGCUCACGAACACAAUAGACACUUUGAACAUGCAGGUGGACCAGUUUGAAAGUGAAGUCGAGUCCCUCUCUGUUCAAACACGGAAAAAGAAAGGAGACAAGGAGAAGCAGGAUCGGAUUGAAGAACUAAAGAGGUUAAUCGAAAGACACCGCUACCACAUUCGAAUGCUAGAGACCAUCUUGAGGAUGUUGGAUAACGAUUCAAUCCAGGUUGAUGCUAUCAAUAAGAUCAAAGAUGAUGUGGAAUAUUACAUUGACUCUUCGCAAGACCCCGACUUUGAAGAGAAUGAGUUCCUCUACGAUGAUCUGGACUUGGAGGAAAUACCGGCAACUUUGAUGGCGACGUCUCCUCAGGGCCAUAAUGAAGAUGAGAUGUUCCUUCAGUCCAGCAGCACACCGACUUCCACCACUUCCUCUUCCCCCAUCCCUCCAUCUCCUGCCACAGGUGCAAUGGAGAUUUUGGAGGAUAAGAGAGGUCGAUCGACAGACAGUGAAGUCAGUCAGUCUCCUGUGAAGAAUGGCAACCCAUCUCUCUCGUCCUUCUCCUCAUCCGCCUCCUCAGGCUCCUCCUCCUCUUCGCUGGUUUCUAUGGCGACUGUUGUCGGUGGCUGCACAGCGGUCUCUGGGGGCAGCAGCCUGCUGGGAAGCUUUAGCAGUGCAGUGCAGCAGCAUGCUCCUCAGUCUCAACAGCAAGCACAGGUCAAACUCUCCUCGACAUCCGUUCUUUCCAACAACACACCUAGUCCACCUAGCCACCCAACGCUACCUGCCUCCACUACUUCCUCUCUGCCUAGUUCAAGCACACCUGGCCCAGUUACUUCCAAUUCUCAGUCCCAGGCUUCAUCUAUUACUGGGGUUGAGGGCUCUAGACUGGGUUUGGGCCUGGGGAAAGGGGGCGUGAUGGUGACCAGCAGCAGUAGUGGGGCUCAGAUGCCAGGUCUGGGCAUGGCCGGCAUCUCUAGUUCUCUCAACACCAUGGCAGGGCUUCUCUCAGGCUCUACCCCUGCCCCCUAUGCCCAGGCGGCUGCAGGCGGAACAGCAGGUAAUGUCUCCAGUGGUCCAGUGGGGAGUGGCAGUGUAAGUUCUGGCAUAUCUGUACCGAGCGCAGGUGCAGGGGGAGCAAACACAGGCGUGACCAGCAAUGGUACGGGUACAGGGGCUGGUGUGGGCUUGCUAGGUUCCAGUCCGGGUCACGGUGCUCUAACUGGAGGAAUUCUUAACCUGGUACCAGGGCAGAUGGCUCUCCAGGGGUCUGCACAGAUACCUGUAAGCCAUGUGGGCACAGCACCUGGAGGAGGAACUGGAGAGAGCGAAUUGAGUGGAAAUGGAAGCAGUUCUGUGGCGAGUGCAGGAGUGGGAACGAAUGUAGCGCCUGCAAGACCCCCUAGUGGCCUCAAACAAAAUGGAGCAACUAGUUACAGUGCUGUGGUUGCGGACAACACAGCAGACUCCUCACUCAGCAGUGCCAGCCAAUCACAAAACAGCCAUUCCUCAUCCUCAAGCUCAUCAACCAGUCAAACUCUGGAUAAUGGCCCCAGUUUAUUGAGUUCUAUCACUCUACCCCCCUCCUCCCCAUCACCUUCUUUCACUGACAGCACAUCUGGUGGUGGGAGUCUGCUAAAUGGCCCACACUCCUACACACUCAACACAGAAUCCAUCAAGACUCCUGAACCUCCAAGCUCUUUGAAAGCUAUGGCAGAACGGGCGGCACUGGGAUUGACACUGGAUGGAGAGAUUUCAUCACUACACCUCCCAGAUCGAGCUCCACCUGGACCCACAACAACUCCUCAGCCUGCUGUUUCAGAGGUCAACCUGCCGCCAUCUUUAGGGGCGUGUCCCUUAGGCCCCACCCCUCUCACUAAAGAGCAGCUUUACCAACAGGCAAUGCAGGAGUCAGCAUGGACACACAUGCCCCACCCGUCCGAUUCAGAGAGAAUCAGGCAGUACCUGAUGAGAAACCCCUGUCCUACACCGCCAUUCCACCACCAGAUGCCCCCACAUCAUUCAGACUCUAUUGAGUUCUACCAGAGAUUGUCCACUGAAACGCUCUUCUUCAUUUUCUACUACCUGGAGGGCACAAAGGCACAGUACCUGUCAGCUAAAGCACUGAAGAAGCAAUCAUGGAGGUUCCACACCAAAUACAUGAUGUGGUUCCAGCGGCACGAGGAACCCAAGACCAUCACUGAUGAGUUUGAACAGGGCACGUACAUUUACUUUGACUAUGAAAAGUGGGGCCAGAGAAAAAAGGAAGGAUUUACGUUUGAGUACAGAUACCUGGAGGACAGAGACCUGCAGUGACUGACGGGGAGAGAGAGCGAACGCUACGACAGACAAAACGCUGCUGUUGACAUUCCGAGAUGAACUCCAUGUCGUGGUUAAAGUUGGAUGUGAUGUUGGCCUUUUUCUUUAAAAGAGAGAGAGAGAGAGAGAGAGCUGGGGGUCGAGUGCCUGUUUACAUGCAAACAUUUGAACCUCCUUCAACGUUGAAUCUUUAUCCCCUUCAUUUCUGUUCUAAAUGAAAAA